AUGGGCAGAGAGUGGCAGGACCGAGCGGCCGUCGUCAUCCAGUGUGCCUUCCGGAAGGUCCUGGCGAGAAAGGAGCUGGCCCGCCGUCAGCAGGAGCGCCGGGACUACCUGGAGCAGAUGGAGAAGCUGCAGCGGGAGGCCUUCGUGGCCCAGGUGAGGCGGGAGCAGGAGGCUGCCCGGUGGCGGCGGCGGGAAGAGGCAGCGGCGGCCGAGCGGCGGCUGGAGGAGCGGCAGCGCGGGGCGCGCCUGCGGGAGGCGGCCUUCGACGGCAACCUGGGCGAGAUCCAGGCGGUCCUGCGGGAGGUGGAUGAGCUGCUGACCCGCGAGUGCGUGGGCGGCCACCCGGCGGGGGCGGCGCGGCGCGUGGCCCUCGUGGACUGCGCGGACGGGGUCGGGAACACACCGCUGUCCGAGGCGGCGGCGGGCGGGCAGCCCCUGGCCAUCCAGCUGCUGGCCGAGCAGGGCGCCAGCCCCAACAGCAAGGGCGCCUUCGGCCGGACGCCGCUGUACCGAGCGGCCUUCGGGGGCCACCUGGCAGCGGUGGGGGUGCUUCUGAAGCUUGGAGCCGACCCCCGGGUGUAUGCGGACGAUGGGAGCACCCCCGAGCAGGUGGCCUCGCUGGACGCGGUGGCCAGCGUGCUGCAGUCGUGGGACCUGAGUCUCACAGAGGCCAUGCUGCAGAACAUGGAGGCCGAGCGCCAGCGCCGCACCCAGGAGGCCGAGCAGCACGUGGAGGCCGAGGCCAAGCAGUGCGGCGCCCCUCCACGCCCCAGCAUGAACCUCUAAGUGCAACAGCUGGCCAAGGAGCAGCUGCGGUGUCACAAACAGCUGCAGCAGGCCUACUGCGAGCUCAACCGGAGCGUCACCGGAGCGUCACCGAGCACAAAGCCUUGCCCUGAGCGGAGCACCGGGCCCUUCCUCCAGGCCAUCAAGGACGCGGAGGUCCAGGUGGACAGGCUAUGACGGGAGGCCCAGAAGGCCGAAGAGACGCAGGCCAUGGCCAGGCUGGAGCUGCCGGAGCGGACCCAGGAGGGGGAGGAGGUGGUGCCGGGGCUGAGAUGCCAGGUCACUGAGCUACACGACGUGCUGAUGAAGGACGUGGGCCAUCGCAUCCGUGCCGACGGCAGAUCAGUGGUCUACGACGGGCGAUGGGCGCGGGGCGGCGAGAUGAGGGUUCCAGCGGACGGUGGUGACCUGGUGGCCGCCCCCAGGUGGCCUCUUGUCAUUGACCCUUCGGGCCAGGCGGCCACCUUCCUGCGCUACCAGGACACCAACUAUGUGUUCGCCCUGAACCCAGACCACCUGCGGCCGGAGCGGAUUCGGCUGGCGCUGCUGGGGGCGCUCAGGUUCGGGAAGCCGCUGGUGUUUGACCUGCGCGAGGUGGACCUGUUCCCGGCGGUGCAGCGGCAGCUGGAGGAGGUGCAGCCGGGCCUGGCAAAGGAGCUGCUGAGCCGCGGGUUGCUAGAGCAGGAGAGGUGCCUGUCGCUGCUGCGGCCGACUGAUGGGCCGGAGUACGGCCCCACCCAGUUCCAGGAGGCGCGCCUGGGGCACUUCCGCCUCUUUGUCACCAAGGUUCGGUGGCCACCAGCCGAGCAGCUGCAGAUCCUGCUCCCGGUGCGCGUGCAGCUGCCCAGCGGAGACCUCCAGGGCCUGGCCCCAAUAAAGCACGCGCCCCAGGGCGCUGGGUCCGCAACUGUGCACGCGUCGGGCUGUGUGCGCGCGGCUGUGCGGGGGAGGGGGGGGAUGCUGAGCCUGUGCCGCGGCGUCCUGGGCCAAGGCAGGAGCCCCAGCGGGAGGACACUGCCAGGCCGGCACUUGGGGGUGCCCUCCCCCAGUAGGCGGGCCCAUCAGUGCCUCCCGCGUGGAGCAGCGCACCAGUGGGGGCAGUCCCCCUAG